AUUAUCAAAGAAGAGGAAGAAGAGGAAGAAGAGGAAGAAGAGGAAGAAGAAGAGAAACACGAAGAAAAGGAAGUUUGGGCAACCCUUGUUGCCGAUGACGCUUACGAAAUUUCCCAACCCUACCCAUACCAAAUCCGCAACAAGGAGACAGGCAAGGUUCUUACCCCAGUCCUCAACAACUUGGGACACUUGAACCUUAACCUUCGGAAUCGCGGUUCAAUCUCCAUGGGCAAGCUUGUCGCAAUUCAAUGGUUCCAAAUCCAGACAAGAAGACGAGGGUCAGACACAUUGACGGUGACAAGCUCAACAACCGUAAGGAGAACCUCGAGUGGUUCUAA